AUGGGAUUCAAGAAGUGCGAAUCGGACCACUGCAUCUACAUCAAGCGAGACGACCAAGACAUGAUUCUCGUGGUGCUCUACGUCGAUGAUCUCAUCCUGGCCAGCAGCAACAACGAACUCCUCAAGUCGACCAAGAUGGCGCUGAGCAAACGCUUCGAAAUGACGGAUCUCGGUGAGCUCAAUUACUUUCUCGGCAUGGAGAUCAAGAACGACCGUAAGACGGGAAUGGUGACUGUGCAACAAACCAAGUUUCUCAAGUCCGUGUUGACCAAGUUCGGAAUGGAUAACAGCAAGCCAGUGAAGACGCCUCAAGAUCCCGGCCUGAAGCUAACCAAGAACAUGUGUGAACAAGAAUGCAAGCACGAAGACACCAUGUGCAACGUGCCAUAUCGAAGUGCUGUCUGA